UCCGGGCCCACCGCCAGUCCAGCAUGGACAACGAGUCAACUGCUAGGCCUGCGGCCGGGCCCACACAGGAUCUGCUCCGCGUGUCACUUGGGGUCGGUCAACUCGCCUGAGCUGAAGCUUCCUGCGCCGCGCCACCAGAUCUCGCCGCCGCGUCACCGUCCAUGCCGCCGCGGCGCUCGCGCCACUUCCUACGAGUCCUCUUCCUCCUCCUUGUUUCUCUUGCAGGCGCGGGCGUGGCCCACGGUGGCGCGGUGGAGGAUGCCGCCUGCGCCGCGGCGAACCGCACCGACGCGGCGACGCUCCGGCCGGACCGCCUCACGAUGCUCCUGAGCGGCUACUCGGAGCGUCGCCUCCCGCUGCUCCGCGCCAUCGCGGGGGCCUACGCCGCGCACCCGCUGGUCCUCUCCGUGGUCGUGCUCUGGUGCAACCCCUCCACGCCGGGCCGCGUCCUCCUCCGUGGCGGCGGGUUCCCGCCCCGCGUCACGGUCCGCCGCGCCGUCUCCGCCUCCCUCAACUCCCGCUUCCUCCCGCGCCCCUCCGACAUCCGCACCGCGGCCGUCGCCGUGGCCGACGACGACGUGCUGCCCGACGCUGCGGCCCUCUCCUUCGCGUUCGCCGCCUGGCAGCAGCAGCAGCAGCAGCCAGCGGCGGCGGCCGGCCCCCUCGUCGGCUUCUUCCCGCGGUCGCACCACCUCGACCUCGCCCGCGGGAGGUGGGCGUACACGGCGGCGCAGCCGGGGCGGUACUCCAUGGUGCUCACCAAGUUCAUGGUCCUCGGGGCCGACCUCCUCUACAGGUACUCGUGCUCGCCGGAGCUCGCGGCGGCGCGCGCCGUGGUGGACCGCGAGCGCAACUGCGAGGACAUCCUCAUGAACUUCGUCGCCGCCGAGGAGUCCGGCGCGGGGCCCGUGCUCGUGGAGGCCGGCGGCAUCCGGGACUGGGGCGACCCGAGGAACGACGUGAACGUCGGUGGCGCGGGCGAGGACGGCGGCGGGAUGAAGGAUGUCGGGCUGAGCGCCACAGGCGGGUUGGGGCACUGGGAGAAGAGAGGGGCGUGCAUCACCGAGUUCCACCGCCUGCUGGGGAGAAUGCCGCUGCGUUACAGCUACGGGAAGUUGGUGGAGGCCGCCGCCGGCGAGCAGGGGCUCUGCAGCAAAGGCGGACGCCUCGUCCGGUGCGACCAGCAGGAGUAGCUGAAGGUCUGUGAUUUUCUUCGCGGUGGUGUCAAGUUCAAAUCCAUGUGGCCGUUGAAUCAGAUUGCUGAAAGGUGGUUGAAGAGUUGAAGAACAGUGGCUGUGACAGAUUGGAAAUCAGCUUCAUCAUCCCUGCUGAUAAAUCCAUGAAGGAAGAUGGCGCUUGUAAUCCCUGCUGACAUAACCGAUAGCUUGUUUUCCUGUCAAUUUGGCGUGUGGUGUAUGUAGUUAGCACCGUAUUCGAUUCAGUUCUUGCUCUAAAUUUUGGUUGUUAACAAGAUUGCUCAUUGUCAGUGCUUCUUGUUAGCUCUUCUGCAGAACUACAAACAAAGUUCAGGUACUGCAAUGCUUUGCAAUUUCGCCUGCAUGUACUGAAUGUUUGCUGCAAACUUGGUGAUGGACUGAAAGUUGGAAGCAUGCUUUGCUUA